AUGGCUGAGGAGACCAACGCGCCCGCUGUGGCCGAUGCUCCCAAGCUGGUCGAAGAGCCGACACCAGCAGCAGACGAUGUCGCAGAGCCUGCAGUCACUGAGGCGAAGCCGGCUGAGGAGGGGAUUGUAGCCACCGAGGGUGUCGCUGAAGUUUCCAAGACUGACGACGCACAAGAGGACGCCGCCGCGAAGGAGGAGAACACUGCCAGCGCGCAGCCAGAGACUGAGGCGGCUGGUGAUGACGCAGAUACCGUACCCGCCAGCGAUGCUGCCACCAACGGCACCCCAGCUGCUAAGAAGACGAGCAAUGGCAACGGCAAGCGCAAGUCAGGAGCUGGCGUUCCAGAACACAAGAAGAAGACACCCGCAAAGGGCAAGAAGAAGGCACCUGAGCUACGUCUCAAUGUGAACCCAGGCGAGAUGUACAUGGUCGCGAUGCGCGGCUACCAACCCUGGCCAGUCAUCAUCUGCGACGAAGAUAUGCUACCAGAGUCACUGCUCAGCAAGCGGCCCGUCAGCGCGAAGCGCAUCGAUGGCACAUAUCGCGAAGAUUUCCUCGAGGGUGGCAAGAAUGCAAAGGAUCGACGGUACCCCGUCAUGUUCCUGGGAACCAAUGAAUUUGCAUGGCAAGUAAACACCGACCUCCUCACAUUCAACCUCGAAGACGUGAAGAAAGACGUCGAAGAAGGCAACUCCAACAAGAAGAACAAGGCACUAUGGGAAGCGUGGCAGAUUGCUGCGGAAGGCCACGACCUAGCACACUUUAAGCAGGUCCUUGCCAGUCAUGAGGCCGCCCUAGCAGAAGACAAUCAACAGAAGGAACAAAAGGAGCUUGAGAAGAAGGAGAAGGCUGAGAAGUCAGCCAAGCGCAAGAGCACGGCUGCAGCAGGUUCAGAUGAUGUGGAAAUGGCCGAUGGCGAUGAUGCUGCCGCUCCAUCUGCAAAGAAGGCCAAGGCAAGCAAGAAGCGCAAGAAGGGCGAGGAGAGUGACGGCGAGAACGACAAGCCCGCAAAGACGCCCAAGACGAAGCUGAAGUUGACAACCAAGACGCCCAAGGAUGCAUCUACAGCGAAGCCCAAGAAAGAGACCAAGUCGAAGAAGAAGGCUAGCGAAGAGGCGGAAUCCGCUCAGCCUGAAGAGCCACCACUAACUGAGGAGGAGCGACUCGCAAAGCGAGAGAAACAAAUCUUGUACCUCCGCCAUCGCCUACAGAAGGGCUUCCUAUCCCGCGAUCAGGCUCCCAAGGAUGAAGACAUGGCGAACAUGUCAGACUACCUUAAGCAGCUCGAGCUUCAUGACGAUCUCGAGGCUGAGGUCAUCAAGAAGACCAAGGUCCACAAAGUCUUGAAGGCAAUCAUCAAGCUCAACUCGAUUCCCAAGGAGGAGGAGUACAGCUUCAAGCAGCGCUCGGGUGAGCUCCUCACCAAGUGGGGUGGUGCUCUCGCUUCUGAUGGCGAACCGGCGACCAACGGUGUCAAGCAUGAUGACGAGAAGCCCACCAAGGAGGAGUCUCCAAUCGCGAAGGCAGAGUCACCGGCCGAGACCAAGGAGAAAAAGGAUGACACAUCCGCUGAACCUGAGUCUGCUACUAAGCCCGCCGACACAGAUGGUGACGUGACCAUGGCAGAUGCGGACAAGGAACUCAACAAGGACGAACCUGCGAUCAAGGCCGACACGGAGUCCGCUGUAGAAGCUUCGACUGAAGCAGCGACUAGCAUCGAGACGGCACCGACUUCCACCGAGGCCAUCACGUCGUAG